GACAUAUUUGUGUAUCGCGAUAACAGGCGAGAUUUGAAAGCCACUCGGGAUCCAGAGAGGGGCUCUGAUUUAGAGCAUCAGAGGAGGAAUAUCACAGUUAACAAGCUGAACUCAGCCGGUUACGACAGCAGCCAUGUUGUCUUGUCUUCUUCUCGGCCUGCUGGCUCUCUUCUUCUUCCAGAGCUCCGUGUCAGCGGAGCACCGGAGGCUUUCUCCAGAAAAUCUGCUGGUGAUCACCGCGGCAACCGAGGAGACAGACGGCUUCAAGCGCUUCAUGAGGACAGCCAGAGAGUUCAACUACACCGUGAGGGUCCUGGGUCUGGGGGAGCAGUGGAAGGGGGGUGACGUGGCUCGGACGGUGGGCGGCGGUCAGAAGGUCAGAUGGUUGAAGGCGGAGCUACUCAAACACUCUGACAACAAGGACUUGGUCGUCUUGUUCGUGGACAGCUAUGACGUGAUAGAGGAGCUGCUCUCUAAGUUCUCUCGUCUGGCUCACCGGGUGGUCUUCUCAGCCGAGGGCUUCUGCUGGCCUGACCAGAGAUUGGCCUCCAAGUACCCUGAGGUGCAUUCUGGGAAACGCUUCCUCAACUCGGGGGGGUUCAUCGGCUUCGCCACAGAUCUCAGUUCAAUGGUUCAACAAUGGAAGUACAAAGACAACGACGAUGACCAGCUGUUCUACACCAAAAUCUACCUGGACAAGAAGCAAAGGGCCAAAUUCAAUAUGACUCUAGACCAUCGCUCCAGAAUCUUCCAAAAUCUGAAUGGAGCUGUUGAGGAAGUCGUCCUGAAGUUUGAGAGGUCAAAGGUCAGAGCCAGGAACGUGGCCUUUGACUCGCUCCCUGUCAUUGUCCACGGCAACGGCCCCACCAAGCUGCAGCUGAACUACCUGGGUAACUACGUCCCCUCGGCCUGGACCUUCGAGAGCGGCUGUGGGAUCUGUGACGAGGACCUGCUGUUCUUCAACGAGGCUCCUGAUGAGGAGAUGCCGCUGGUCUACAUCGGUGUGUUCAUCGAGCACGCCACACCCUUCAUGGAGGAGUUCUUGGACCGGCUCACGACGGUCAACUACCCGGCGACGAGGCUCCGCCUCUUCGUCCACAACAACGUCGUGUACCACGAGCGCCACAUCCAUGGGUUCUGGGAGCGUCACAGAGCUCGGUUCCCCAACGCCCGGCUGGUGGGCCCAGAGGAGAACCUUCAGGAGAACAAGGCCAGAGCCAUGUUUGUCGACGCGUGUAAGAAGGAUCCAGAGUGUGAUUACUACUUCAGCAUCGACUCUGACGUGGCCCUGACGAACCCUGACACACUGAGGAUACUAAUCGAAGAAAACAAGUCAGUUAUUGCUCCCAUGUUGUCCAAACACGGCAAGCUGUGGAGUAACUUCUGGGGCGCUCUGAGUCCCGAAGGGUUCUACUCCAGAUCCGAAGACUACAUCGAGAUUGUGCAGGCCAAGAGGAUAGGUUUGUGGAACGUGCCGUACAUCACGCAGGCGUACCUGAUCAAAGGCAGCGUGCUGCGGUCCAAGCUGUCUCAGGUAAGCCUGUACGUGGAGGAGGGAAUGGACCCCGACAUGGUCUUCUGCAGGAGCAUCCGAGACCAGGGAGUCUUCAUGUUUGUGUCGAACCGGGACGAGUUUGGUCGUCUGGUGGCAUCAACCAACUUCAACACGUCCCGGCUUCACCCGGACAUGUGGCAGAUCUUUGACAACCCUGUGGACUGGAAGGAGAAGUACAUCAGUGAAAACUACUCUAAGAUCUUUGAGGAUGAUAAAAACUUUGUGGAGCAGCCAUGUCCAGAUGUUUACUGGUUUCCAGCCUUUUCAGAGAAGAUGUGUGAUCAUCUGGUGGAGACCAUGGAAGACAAUGGCCAGUGGUCAGGAGGAUCGCAUAAGGAUGAGCGUCUGGCUGGUGGUUAUGAAAAUGUCCCAACGGUGGAUAUCCACAUGACCCAGAUUGGAUUUGAGAAGGAGUGGUUGAAAUUCCUCAAAGAGUACAUCGCCCCAGUCACUGAAAAACUCUAUCCCGGCUAUUUCCCCAAGGCUCAGGCCAUCAUGAACUUUGUGGUGCGAUACCGUCCUGAUGAGCAGCCAUCUCUGCGGCCGCACCACGACUCCUCCACCUUCACCAUCAACGUGGCCCUGAACAGCAAAGGCGUUGACUACGAGGGUGGAGGCUGCCGUUUCCUGCGCUACGACUGUCAGGUGGAGUCUCCCAGGAAGGGCUGGUCCUUCAUGCACCCCGGGCGCCUGACGCACUACCACGAGGGUCUGCCAACUACCAGGGGGACUCGGUACAUCAUGGUGUCCUUCGUAGACCCUUAACGGCUGGUCCUCUGUCUGUGUGUGUGAGAACAUCAGUCCACCUCAUCAUCACCAUGGCGACUAACAGGACGGAGGAAUAGACGUGAUGUCCGUGAACGCAUCAUGGUGUUGGCCUUUUUUCUGAUUGGACGAUUUACCGUCGGCUCUUCAUCUGGGUCACAUGUAUCAUUUCAACCCGUAACUCCGGCAGGGGUAACGGCCUUUAACGUAGGACCCUGAACGCACCAUCACAGGACAUGUCUGAUUAAAUGUCUUCAUGUUUUAACUUCACACAAGCAAAGUCUGUCGUGUCACCGCCGCCUUAUCAAGCUACUUGAAACUAUGCAAGCAGAGCUGACUCCACUGGAUGAUCUCGUCUCUUUAGCAGGCCAGCCGCCUGGGGGUUACCGUGGCAACCAGCACAGAUCCAAACGUUGGGAUGUGUGGAUGUGAAAAAUCUCUCCAGAAUGAAUGAAUGAAUAUGGUUUCUGAGGGUUGUAAACAGUUGUAAAUGUAUUUGGUGAAACUGUUACUGGGGAAACUAAAGGCCUUUUUAUGUUUUCAUUGUUGUUGCGUAGUUAAGUAUUUCAAGUCGUACAACUGCGUAAUUAUUUGACUGAGCAAAUGAAUUUGAUAUAAUAAAUGAUUUCACC